AUGUCCGCAAGCCCAACUUCACCUGGCCUGAGAUCUCAGGCUACAAACCUUCUACAAAAAUCGGCUUCUCUCAGAGCCCGCUACGCUGGGCUGGAGGGUAUGAACGAUGACACGGAAAAUUUAGCCGACCUAGACACAGCCGCGAAAGAGCUAAGGACAGCUAAGAGCACGAGAGAGACAGCUAAGAACGAACUAGACAUAGCUGUGAGCGAGCACACGACAGCUGAGAGCUACCUAGAUGGAGCUUCCGACAACCUUGAGGAAGCUGUCGACAACGUGAUGGAUACUGUCGACAAUGUGAUGGAUACUGUCGAAAAUCUGAAGGAUGCUGCCGACAAUGUGAUGGAUACUGUCGACAAUGUGAUGGAUACUGUCGAAAAUCUGAAGGAUGCUGCCGACAAUCUGAAGCAGGCUGCCGACUGUCUGAAGGAUGCUGCUGACGAUCUGGAGGGCGUUGCCGACUAUCUGGAGGAUGUUAUUGCCGACGCCCACUAUGCACCAGUCAAGGCGGCAGAAAGUCGGCCCGCCAAACAGGCAGCGGGUGAGGCUUGGUCUUUCUCGGCACAGGACUGCAAAGCGUCUGGCCUGGGAUGA